UCCCCACCUCGGUUGGCAUCCAUCAUCACCCUUUGAACUUCUCACCCACCGGACCAUCCAUCAUCAACACUUCAACCAUGCACACCAGACCAUCUCAACAACAUGGACAACACCAGAAACAGUCGCCCCUGAUCACCAAAUCGCUCCAUCAAAGACUCAAGCAACAGGACCUUUCGAUCAGAAAUAGCUCCCCUCAACAGCUCCAAAACAGUCUCGAAUCUUGUCGAAGGAACCUGGCUAGCUCAAGGUUUCCAGAGACAUCAGAAAAUGGAAAGAUCUUAAAGAACUAUGAGCGCAAGUUAUUGAUCCGAUUGAGCCAGCUACAAAGCCAAUCAACGAUUGAAGGACCCACCGGAUCAUCGUCAUCAACAUCUUCUGCAGCCCACAUAGCCAACCAUAACUCGUCCUGCAACUGCAAGCUCCUAGAUCAUCAUCAAAAUCUUACUCAUAAUCACACCCAACUCCGGAGUAUCGGGCCUGAUGGGAUUGUCGGAUUCAAGAGACGACUCAUGCAGGAACAAUCUUUCAGUCCUAAAUCAGAUUCCUUAUUGGCUGGAAUGUCGAUGUCUCAAUCGAUCAAACUACAAGAACAAAACGUGCUCAGAGAACGUUUACAUGCUACCACCGAAUCUCUUAAUCGACUUAACAUCCAGUCAAGGUCGACACAUAAGAAAACACGAAUAGACGAACACCCGAUAGAAGAAUCCAAAGGACGUAAUUCCAUUGAACAAGAACAAGCAGAACAAGGACAAGAACAAGGGAAAGGAGAAGAAGCAGAAGAAGAAGAAGGGGAAGACGAGGACGAUGAUGGCAUAAUAUUGACUGAUAACGACCAACCGGAUAUCCAACGAGCCUGGGAAUUGGCCUAUCAAGCCGGCUUCACUCGAGGCCCAGACGACCUCCCUCAACGGAUCUUGUCCGCCGAAUAGUCCCCUUGAACUAUAUCGGCUCUCUCUAAACAAUCAUCCUUCGUUCUCUCUUCUUUGACAUCCUUUUCUCUUGGCUCUUUCUCACACCUGUACGUUUUACUCAGAAUACAUAGUUUUUUUUUUUUCUUUUCUUCCUCUUGAUUCUUUUCUGGAUAAAGAUGUAGUUGUAACCCCUAACUCACUCCGCACAGACAUAUAUAUAUCCAAAUUCAAAAGCCGUUUACAUUGAUGAAUAAUCUUCUUGUAUCUUUGUUUAUUGAGAUAAAAUCAAAUCAACCAUCUGACUUGCAAUGUGUACUUUAUUUUGCUCCUCUUUGUUGUAAUAUUAAGUAUCAAUAUACCAGAAGUUAUCAUAGCAGCAUGGCAGUUAGUAUUGGA